CUUUUUGCAGAAGCUGGUGCGCAGACAGGACUGUCGACGAUGUUUCUCGCUGUAAGCCUGCUCACAAGCAUUAUCAGAGGGGAAAAGUUAGUUAGUUAGUUAGUUUAGUUAGUUCUCCGUUUCUCCGAAGGGCUAGAGCGGGUGCGCAGACGUCGACGGGGAGUGACGGGAGGUGACGUCGUUCUUCGCUUGUAAUGUAUAUAACAGUAUUGAAAUUGAGGCAGGGCUUGUGGCUACGAGCUGUGACAGGGAGAAGCCGAAAGACUUGGAGUCCAAAUUAGGAGGUCCAGUAAAUUUUACCUUUGGCCACAGAAGCUCUACAAUGGCAGAAAACUGCUCCGACAGUCAUGAAGUAACAUUUGACAAGCCCAAGGUUGAGCUGCAUGUGCACCUGGAUGGAGCCAUACGAUUGGAGACGAUCCUGGAUGUUGCAAAGAAGCGCGGGAUCCAGCUGCCGGCGCAGACGGUACAGGAAAUGAAGUCACUGUGCACUGUGGAGAAGCCCGCCACCCUGACCGAGUUCCUCUGCAAGUUCGAGCAGUACAUGCACGUCAUUGCGGGCGACCGGGAUGCCAUUAAAAGGAUCGCCUACGAGUUUGUGGAGACCAAAUCCAAAGAAGGGGUGGUCUAUGUGGAAGUGAGGUAUAGCCCACACUUUCUAGCUAACUGCAGCGUCGACCCCAUCCCCUGGAACCAAAAAAAGGGUGACCUUACCCCCGAUGAUGUGGUCAGCCUGGUCAACGAGGGCCUGAAGGACGGGGAGAGAGACUUCAACAUCAAAGCCAGGUCCAUUCUCUGCUGCAUGCGUCACAUGCCAACCUGGUCCAUGGAUAUCGUGGACCUGUGCAAGAAGUACCGUGACGACGGGGUGGUCGCAAUCGACCUGGCGGGGGACGAGUCGCUCAACUGCAAAGCUGACUCCGGGCACAAGAAGGCCUACGAGGAAGCCGUCAGAAGUGGAAUCCACAGAACUGUGCACGCUGGAGAGGUGGGACAGCCCUGUGUGGUGAGAGAGGCAGUGGAGGUUCUAAAGGCGGAAAGGAUCGGACACGGCUAUCACACCAUAGAGGAUGACGCACUCUACAAACAGCUGCUUGAAGACAACAUGCAUUUUGAAAUUUGUCCAAUUUCUAGCAAACUGACAGGAGCAUGCGACCCAGAUUUCACUAAACAUCCUCUCAUCAGGUUUAGAGAGGAUAAGGCCAACUAUUCCCUGAACACAGAUGACCCUAUGAUAUUUAACUCAACACUGCAUACGGACUACUGGACAGCAAAGAAGUACAUGGGCUUCACUGAAGAGGAGUUCAAAAGACUGAACAUAAAUUCAGCAAAGUCCAGCUUCUUGCCUGAGAAGGAGAAAAAGGACCUUCUUAACAUUUUGUACGAGGCCUACGAGAUGUUAGAGAAUACCAAAUUCUGAAGGAGAUGCUGAAAACAACACAGAUACCCCACACUUUUAAUGAAUAUGCAACAAACCCCCGUUUGUGGAAAACUACAUUUCCCAGAAUCCCACUGUGCCCUCCGCACCCUCCUCCCAGACAGAACCUUACUGGCUGACUGCCUGAGAGACACAAGAAGUUUUCUUCAUACAUAAUGAUGUGAAGGAAAAAUUUACAACCAACCAAAUCUGUCAGCAUACACAUACAUCAUACAUGGUUGGUCAGUGCCAACCACUGCCAACAUUCCUGCAAAUACAAAUACAAAUCUCUGGUUAAAUUCUGCUUGACUUGUACACAGAAGCAUCUGAAUGGACUAUACAGAAUUCCAUUUAAUCUGGCCUAACUGAUUUUAAUUUUUUUUAAAGAAUUGUAUAAGCCAAU